AUGCACUAUGUGGUACUAGAGCUGCAAGUCGCCCACCUGCCAGACAGCCCCAAGGAUCAGUGUCGCAUUGUAAAUAUGGCAUACCAAAUUGUGGACGCUGAAACGUUGGCAAGUCAUUUCCAGAACGAUUCGUCACCCAGCAUCGAGAUAGAUGCGGAGGAGAAAAGUCUGGAGAGCGCAAUGGUGCAAUUGGAUAAAGAUAUCCAGGACAUAAUUGGUAACGAUGAAUUUGUCCUUGUCUCUCUGUGUUCGACUUGGCACAUUCGUGUCACUUUACCACGUCAAGCCCGAGAUGAUGGCUUCAUCCUUACUUCUUACUUACAACAUCCAAGGCUGUUCGAUUUAUGGAAGGAGUUUGAGAGAUGGUGCGUUAAUCAUCCUGAAAUUAUGGGAUUAAGGAAAAACAUUCUGAAUAAUAAUUCUAAUACUAAGAGUAGCAGCAUUGGUACUCUAAUCAAAAAUACAAAGGAUUUGAACGAAAUGAUGAGAAUGUUGGAUGUUCCAAAUGUUGCGGAAGAAGACGAUUUCGCCCUAGACAAGCAAUCUUUUUUGCAGAGAACAAUAGAUAUACUUUUACAAUUACACAGAAAGUGCUCUUCCGCAGAAGAUAUGAAAUGCGUACUGACGCAACCAUAUGAUUCACAUACCGAUAUCAGAAGUUUCUUGCAAGAAAGAUCUAAGGUCUUGUACAUGAACAAUUUACCACCUGACACAACCCAGAGCGAAUUGGAAUCAUGGUUCACCCAGUAUGGAGCAAGACCUGUUGGAUUUUGGACUGUGAAAAACAUUGUGGAAGACACGUCUAAUGUUAAUAAUAACUGGAGUUUGAACAAUAGUCCCUAUGUGGAAGAUCAGGAUAGCAUUUCUGGGUUCGUUGUAUUCCAGACUCACGAAGAAGCUACCGAAGUACUUGCAUUGAAUGGUAGAUCGAUAUUAUCUAAUUUAGCAAACACUAAGCAACCGAGAGUAGUGGAACAUGUCCUUGAACUCCAGCCGUCUUCCACUAGGGUGCUCGAUAAAGCGCAAGAGAUUCUAUCUCCUUUCCCACAAAGUAAAAAUAAACCAAGACCAGGUGACUGGAAUUGUCCAUCUUGUGGAUUUUCAAAUUUCCAAAGGCGUACUGCUUGUUUCAGAUGUUCUUUCCCAGCUCCAUCGAACAGUCAAAUGCAUAAUGUGCUCACAAACAAUAAUGCUAAUAGCAACAAAAACAGCUUAAACAACCGCACCAAUUCCGCUGGUUUGAAUAACAAUAACAUAACCGGGAACCCUUCUUAUGGUACUCCCGAGUUAAAUAUGAUGGGUAGUACAACACCAACAGCACUAACCUACAAUAGAACUCAAUUCUCUUCAAUGACACCGUUGUCUCGACAAAACUCAUUAAACUUAACUCCAUCAAGUAGUGGGUCACCCAUAAAUACGCCGAAUAGCUUUGUAGCAAGUAACAAUGCUAUGCCAAAUUAUCGUUAUACCAACAACAUGACUAACAAUAACAACAAUAACAGCAGCAAUAUGAAUAACAUGAACGUUAAUAGAUAUAAUGGCAAUAUGAAUAUUAAUGUCAAUGGUAACGGUAAUGGCAAUGGCAAUGGGAACAACGUUAAUAGUAAUAAUGGCGGUAAUUCUAAUAUCGGUAUGGGAGGAUCAGGAUCUAAUAUACCAUUUAGAGCAGGAGAUUGGAAAUGUUCCACGUGUACCUAUCACAAUUUUGCAAAAAACGUGGUAUGCUUACGCUGUGGUGGUCCUAAAUCUGUAAACGCUGAUGCAAAUGAAACAAACCAUUAUAUAGAUGCAUCAACGAUUGGAACAGGGCCACAUGUUCAUAAUAAUAAUAAUAAUAAUAAUAAUAAUAAUAAUAACAAUAGCAGUAAUAGCACUGUUAUUAAUAAUAAUGGUGGUAAUAAUGGUAAUAGUGGCGUCGACGGGAAAGAUAACAAAGUUCAUGAUAUUAGUUUGAUGGAGUUUGUAUCAACACCGUUAUCUAUGGCAGCAAAGUCAAUGAAGGAGGGAGAUGGGAGUGUGAACUCGUUCAACGAGUAUAAAAGUGAUAAGGCAAAUGUUAAUUUUUCUAAUGUUAAUGAUAGUACUGCUUUCGGGAAUGGUUUUAAUGGUUCAGCACGUUGGUGA